AUGCAAGCAAUAACAUUUCAACAACCAUUCAAAGUAUUAGUAAAGACUGUUCCACUGCCAAAAAUUAUUCAAGAUACUGAUGUUAUUGUAAAAGUUUGCGUUAGUGGAUUGUGCGGAUCUGAUUUACAUGUAUAUAGAGGUGAUGAAAUUGGAAAUGAUAAAGAUACGGUAAUGGGUCAUGAAUUUAUGGGAAUUGUGAAUGAAGUUGGAAGUAGUGUUAAAGAUUUUAAAGUUGGUGAUAGAGUUUUGUCACCUUUUACUACUUGCUGUGGGGAGUGCUUUUAUUGUUGUCGUGGUAUAACUUGUAGAUGUGAAAAAGGCCAAUUAUUUGGAUGGAUAAAAAAUGGUCACGGAAUUCAUGGAGGUCAGGCAGAAUACGUACGCGUUCCAUUAGCUUCUUCUACACUCGUCAAGAUUCCAGAAGAAAUCACCGAUAAUACGGCAUUAUUACUUUGUGAUGUAUUAUGUACGGGUUAUUUUUGUGCAGAAAAUGGGUUAAAUGAAUUAGCGCCCCAAUUAUCUUAUCUAAAACAGCAGAAGUUGGAAUAUCAAAAUAGAGAUGAAUAUGAUGAUAUUGUGGUAGUAGUUGUCGGAUGUGGACCAGUUGGAUUGAUGUCGAUUGCGUCAGCAAUCUAUUUAGGAGUUAAAAAUAUAUAUUCGAUCGAUAGCAUUCAAGAAAGAUUGGAAAUUGCAAAAGAUUUUGGUGCGACGCCAAUUCAUUUAACUGAGGAAAAUCCAAUUGAAAGAAUUAAAGAGAUUACUAAUGGACGAGGAGCUGACAUUGUCCUGGAGGCCGUAGGCAAGUUACCAUCACUUGAUUUGGCAUUUAAAUUACUCAGAACUGCAGGAGUACUGUCAAGUGUUGGAUUGAAUCAUUCAAAAAUAUUUCCCUUCAGUCCUAAUGAUGGCUACAACAAAAAUCUAAAAUAUAUAUCCGGUCGUUGCCCAGCCCGUCAAAUAUUGACAAAAGCCAUUCCACUUGCAUUAUCAAAAAAAUUUAAUUUUGAAAAAAUUAUUACACACGAAAUGAAAUUAAAUGAUGGUGAGAAAGCUUAUGAAAUUUUUGAUAAAAAAUUGGAUAAAUGUGUUAAA